UUGCAUUUACUUGUUUAUUUCCUCUUAUGUAAGCUCACAUAAGAGCAUCCUCAUCUUACCACAAAAUUUAACGGAGUAGGAAAUAUUUUAUACUGCCAUUUUGGUCUGUGGACCAAAAGCAUGUCCGUAUUUAUUUAACCUUGUUAUAGCAGCUGUUACAAACGUUGUUGCGACAAGUUUGCAUGGGACUAAUAUUUUUUGUAUAGGUUCAUGCAGAGAGUGAAGACUGAGGUGGCUAAUUUCAUUGUAAUCUUCUCCAAUUUUAUUUGAAGGCACUUACUGUGUGAUCAAGCAGCAUUCUCGGGCUAUUGAAAUGUCACAGUUAGAGUACUUGCACAGCUGCAAUAAGAGGAGGAAAAGAUCAUCUGCUGAUCAGCGGGUUUUUCGGUUCAAGUCUUUCUGUGAACCGGGUUAUCCAGCUCAGUUUGAUGGACCGUUUUGGAAGAACGUGAGAGCAUUACUUGAAUUUGGCCACAUGGAAAGUAAUCUUAGUAACAAUGGUAUGGUAAGCUGGUCGUUUCAGCUAGAAGUUCAUCGCCAUAAGCCUCAUCACCGCGUUUUUCUAUUUGUUAUAGAGGAGCCAAUUGAAGGUUCAAUCUAUCGCUAUUGCAGACAUUGUCGCUACAUAGGUUGGGGACAGCAUAUGAUCAGCAACAUGAAGUAUCACUUUGUAGUGCCCUCCAAGGAAACAGCAGCAAUGGCCUCAACAUGUUUGAGCUGCCAAGGUAACAACUGCUGUGCUGAUGGUACAAUUUUAGCUGCAAGUUGCGGUGCUAGUAAGUCCAGCAGCUUGGUCGAACUUGAGGGACACACUUUGCAUGGAGUGUUCCACUGCAAUGGCUUUGGGCAUCUGCUCUGUGUUAAUGGCCUUGAAAUGGGUUCAGACUUGAAUGGUCACCAAAUUAUGGAUUUUUGGGAUCGCAUCUGCACUACUUUACGUGCAAGGAAAGUGAGCGUGACUGACAUCUCCCAGAAGAAAGGCAUGGAGUUAAGACUACUUCAUGGACUAGCAUAUGGAGGUCCCUGGUUUUCGCGGUGGGACUACAAAUUUGGGCGUGGAAGCUUUGGAGUCACAGAGUCUAUGUACCAAAAAUCCAUUCAAGCUUUACAAAAUAUUCCUUUAUGCCUUCUUUUCCACCAUUUAAGCCCCUCAGACAAUUACCUACCGAUCAUAUUCUCAAGAUACCAAGCCUUGUCUGAGCAUUCCUUAAUCACUUUGAGUGAUCUUUUCCACUUCAUGCUAGAGCUCAGGUCCCGUCUCCCAAAAGAGACUGUCCCUUCCGAGUUGUUCAACCCUGGAAUACUUCUAGAAACUUCUUGUAGAUGGUCCCCUAAACGAGUUGAAAUGGCCACACGGGUCAUAGUUGAGUCUUUGAAGAGGGCCGAUCCCAAAUGGGUGUCAAGACAAGAAGUCCGGGAUGCUGCUAGGGCAUACAUUGGUGAUACGGGGCUGCUGGAUUUCGUGCUUAAAUCACUUGGAAAUCAUGUUGUAGGAAAAUACCUUGUUCGUCGUAGCUUAAAUCCUGUAACUAAAGUGCUUGAAUAUUGUUUGGAAGAUAUUUCACUUAGCCAUGAUCAUGGUCUAAUGAUGAGUGAAUCAAAGUCUAACAUGAUCCCGGUCACUCGAGCUCAACUAGCUAAGGAUAUUUUGUACCUCUACAAAUCCACAUUAAGAGAGAAAAAACCUAUAUCAGGGCAAGGUAGCACCAUUUUAAUAGCUAGCAGGGUGAUUCUUGACACUAAACACCUUACUAAAGAUUUUAAUUAUCAUCAAAAUCUUCCACUUGGGAACAAAUUUAGCAUUGGGGAUGAACUAGUUGAUCUGUUUUGUACUUUGCAGUUGAAAGACAAGCAAAUCAUGGAGCCUUAUGAACAUGUUAAAGUAAAAGGAAACAUAACUAUAGAAGAGUUGAAAAGAGAGGUUGAAAAAUGGUUCAAAGACAUGUAUUGGGGACUGAAAGGAUUGGUGAUUCAAUCAAUUGUGAAUGUCAAUGCAAAUGAAACAGAUUUUGUUUGUGGGGUGAUUGAAGAAGCAAAGGAUAUCAUUCUUGAAGCAGGAUUCAUCGGUGAUGGGAGUAGAAACGAGAACGGAAAUGGUUCAUUGAUGCAAGGAUGGAAUAGGUAUGAACUCAAGAAUUACUCCCAUAAUCAAGGUUAUGGAUGCAUAGAUUGUGCCUGUGGCACUAAAGAAGACGACGGCGAGAGGAUGGUUGCCUGUGAUAUAUGUGAAGUGUGGCAGCAUACACGGUGUGUUAGAAUUCCAAACAAUGAAGAAGUUCCAAGAAUAUUUUUUUGUGAUCGUUGUGAACAAGACAUUAUAUUAUCUCCUUCUUUGGUUAUGUAGGUUACAAAGAUAAUACACUAAUAUAGUAUUAGAUAUACUUCAAGGUGAGUAAUAUAGGAGUAUCAUGCAAAAGAAGACUGAUCUUAAGUCUUAUUUAGCUGAUUUGUUGACAUAGGGAGAGACUUAAAAGUUAAAACUGUGUAUUAUGUGACAGGAUUCACAAAACAAUAGUGAAUGGAGUACCAAAUUGUGAACAGAAUAUUGGUCAGAUUUUGUGGUUUGAAUUGUAUGAUCCUGUUUGUUAUUCAACCA